UCCGCUUUCGCUUUGGAAAUAACGGCCUACUUGAUAUUGGUCUGUAUUCUACUAUUUUCAUUCGAGAACAUUUGUAUUUGAGUUUAAAGAUGCCAGGUAAAAGAGUUGGUAUUCUUACUGAGUUCAACUACGAAGACAUUGAGCUUUGGUACCCAUUUUAUCGCCUGAAAGGGGAGGGCCACGAAACGUUUACCAUCGGUCCCGAGAAACGAAAAACAUACAACUCGAAACAUGGAUACCAGUGCAAGGCCGAGUAUGGAAUCGAUGAGAUUAAGGCUUCAGAUAUAGAUGUUCUGAUUAUUCCUGGAGGGUUUGCCCCGGACUACUGGCGACGGGACCAACGCAUCCUAGACCUUGUGCGGGAGAUGGACAAAGCAAGAAAGGUCCUCGCGUCCGUAUGUCACGGACCCUGGGUGCUCAUCACCGCCAAUGUUAUACGUGACCGAAAGGUCACCUGCUUCAAAGCCAUCAAUGAUGACGUCGUGAACGCCGGCGCAAACUAUUCCGACGCACCUGUGGUUGUGGAUACGAAUAUGGUCACGUCAAGGGAACCUAAGGAUUUACCGGACUUCUGUAAAGCGUUAAUUUCACUCCUUAAGUAGACAAAAACAGUCACAACAAGAGAAUCUUAAGAUUUGCCGGACUUCUGUAAAGUGUUAAUUUCACUCCUUAAGUAGACAAAAACAGUCACAACAAGGGAACCUAAGGAUUUGCCGGACUUUUGCAAAGCGUUAAUUUCACUCCUUAAGUAGACAAACGCCAAGUUCAGGGGAAGUGUUAUAAACACAUUUUCUUUUUUCAGGCACUUCGAAGAAAAGCAAUUUUGACCACCGGAUUUAAUUUUUCAUUACUCUAAUAAUAUUGUUUAUAUCUUUAAUGUAUCUACUCUUAUAUUUAAUAUCGUGAUUUUUGUUGUGAUUUUCUGUCCACUUGUGAUUUUUUUAUAUACGUAUACUCAUGGCCAUAUGAUGUCUAUAUGUAUUCUAAGUAAACUAUAUUAACUUUCUACUCAGUUUUUAAUAGAAUUAAGACGUCACUGCCAUGAAAUCCCUUUAUACGAUUCAUUUCACAA